UCUCCAAAGUACCCGGCGCAAGGCGCAUGGAGACGCGCCAAGGGGCUCGCAGUACCGUCCACUCGUGAAAGUCAAAGUGCCACACAGGACAAAGAAGUGUCCGCAGGGAGACCACAUCCGAGUUCCGUGGACGACAGAAAAGGAGGAGACACCAUGGGGACAGCAGUGUCCCCCACUGCGCGCUUCUUGCGCGUUUUGUGCGUCUUUGCGCUGCGCUCCGCUGCGUUCCCGGCGCCCGAAUGUGCACCGGGAGGUCAUCGGGUCUUGCAAAACCCGCGGCGCAACGUUGAUUAUGACUCGACGGAGCUCCAACACUCGUCCAUCCAAGACAUGGUGUGUGACCACUCGCUGCCGCCGGGUUGGUACCGCUUCAUGGUGGGCGACAAAGCGGCCGAAAUGCCUACCAGCUGCGUGAAGGUGAACCGGUGUGGAACCCAGGCCCCCGUAUGGUUGACCCUGCAGAACGGUGAGCUGCCCCGCCCCGGUGCCAUCCGGCGGCUCACGGCCUGCGCCACGUGGCGCUUCCUGGAGGGUGAAGCCGAGGACUGCUGCCUCUUCCGCAUGCCCCUCUCCGUGCGCAACUGUGGAGACUUCUACCUGUACCACCUGCGUCCCACCCAGGGCUGCAUGGCCUACUGCGCCAAAGUGGUUACGGACUUCAGACCAAAACUUUGUCCGCCAGGAGAAUCGGAAGUUGAUGGUGUUUGUCAGGCGAGCAUCCCUUCCGUGUCCCUAAGGCCGACCGUGUCUCCAGAGUUGAUUGGUCGCUCCGUCCACCUGCGCUGCCGCUACAGCGGUGUGACGUCACGUUGGCCGGUGGGCUACCUAGUGGUGUGGGCACGCCACCCGGCUCCCGGAUUCAGAGAGGAGGUCGGGACGGUCUCCACACUGGAGACAUCCGUCCUGGUUGAGAUGGAUGGGGUUCGCUUCCGGCUGGGGGACACGAUUUCGUGCAGCGUGGCCACGUUCCUCAGGAACGCCACCAAUGUUCAGUCCAUGUCCAGGGAGAGCGAGGCCUUUUAUGCCGGAAUAAAGUUUGUUCCGGAUAGGCUACACGUGGCAGAGGAUGGCGGGAAACACGCCGUGGGUGUCUUCAGCACCGUUCCCAUUCCCUGCCAGGCCGGGGGGCCCGGGCGCCGCUGCUCUCUAACGCUCCAGCUCAGCGUCCAGAGCUCAGGUAACCUGGGGCCAGACGCUCCGGACGUCGCCCUGUCGGAGUGCCAGGUGGACCUGCUCCCGACGCCCUGCGGGGAUGGCGGCUGCGCCCGGGCCUCCCUGCUGCUGACGGCCGUCACCGACUUUGCGCGCGACGGGAGCCGUGAGAGCCAGAUUGUGGCUCGGCCGGCCCGGGACAGCCCCCGCCUGUGGAGGGGACAUACCCCCCCGACGCUCAAGGUGGUGGUCGACGACAUUCCUACGGCGAGCUGCUACUCCUUAACGGAUCCUCAUGUGGUCACGUUCGAUGGCAGGCGCUACGAGAACCACCAAACAGGGAUAUUUGUGUUGUGCCGCAGCGCGGUGCGUACUUUCGAGGUACACUCUGUACAGCGCGAUUGCGAGGAGCGCUUCGGCUCCGCGGUGUGUACCUGCGCCGUGGCGGCCCGCGAGGCCAACGACCUGGUCAUCCUCGACGCGUGCGCCGGGCCUCGCGCCCCGCACCUGUCCGUCAAGACCCUGGGAGGCGAAGUCUCCAAGGGCCUCAAGAUCCUAGAGUCGCAUCAUGGCAAGAAGAUAACGGUGCUGUUCCCUUCAGGGUCCUUCAUGCGGGCCGACCUGAGCGACAGGGGCAUGAGCGUGACUGUGCGAGUGUCGAGCGCUGAUUUCAAUGCCACCCGUGGUUUAUGUGGGACCUUUGAUGGCAACAACCGCAAUGACUUCCAUAGACGUGAUGGUGCCACCUACAGGUCGGAGGACCUUGUGCUCUUCAUUCAGGAGUGGAGGAUCCCAGCGCCACAGAGCCUGUUUGACUCUUCACCACCCACAGCGGAGGACGAGAUGAAGAGGAAUUUCUGUCGAUGUGAAGCUGGGAGCGACACAGAUGAGUUCCCCCAUCGACGGGCUCCGGCUCGUUGCCUCGCUCAUGAUAACGUGGACCACACCUCCAUCUUUGCUGCCGUGGAUGUCACAGCUAGAUACACCGUGCACGUCAAGGCAGAGCAGAAAUCGCCGGAACAACCAGAUGGAGAUCGCUCUCGCCACUGGCGCCAGGGUUCUGCUGCUUCAGUCAACAAUACAGACCCAAGUGGAGUGAAAACCAGGGGAAAGCUCGAGAGGCAGUACCAGAACGAGAGCAGGAGGAGGAUGGAAUUUGGUUCCUUGUCCUACGUGUCCCCUGUGGACCUGCAGUCUCCAGGCCAGCCUCUGCUGCAGGCCACCUGGCCCACUCCCAGUGGGCUGACUGCAGCCCAGGCCCUGGAGAUAUGCCGACUGAUGCUGGUACACUCUGAUGUAGGCAUGAUCUGCAGGGAGCUGCUAGGCCACCAACUGGAGGAGGCGGUGGAGCUUUGCCUCCUGGAUCUGCAGCUGAAGGAUGAUGUGUCCUGGGCCAGCAGCUUGGCCCCUUUCCUGGAAAACGAGUGUGAGCGGAAGCUGUUGGAGAACCGCACCCAUCUGACUCAAGGAUCAAGAGGGGCCACAAGUGGUCCAGAGGGGCUCCUCUCUGCUGUGAGAUGCCGCAGUUUUUGCAGUGGGAGAGGGCAGUGCACUGAGGAUGGCUGCCGCUGCAUCCCGGGCUACACCCACCAUGACUGCAGUUUGCCUGUUGGUGGAGCCGUGCAGGUGUCGGACCUGGAGGACGGGGGCCUGUGUGACUUGAGGACCUCCGACUGCGAUGGCGUACACGUUUAUGGCCCGGGCUUCGUCGACUCGCCUCUCCUUGGCUGCAAAACAACCCGACUGAUGCAUUUGAACGGUGAGUGGGUCCCAGCCAGAGAACAGAAGAGCCAGGCCAUGUUCCUGAACUCUGGAACCAUACGUUGUGCAGUCCCACCCCUAGAGAGCUCAUCCUCAGAUACCCUGGGCUUCGGGGAGGACAACCAGCCCUUUGCCAGAUGGGAAGUGAGGGUGACCAAUGAUGGCUCCCUGUACAGUGAUCCCCGGGUGCUGACUGUGUAUGACGGGGGCUGCCAUGUGUGUGACCCCCUGCCCUCCGGCUUCUGCCAGUUAAAGGAGAAGACAUGCAAUAUAGAUGGGCUGUGCUUUGCUGACGGGGACUCCAAUCCCACCGUCCCCUGCCUUCUGUGCAACCCAAGCGCUUCGAAAUUCACUUGGUCCCGGAAUGAAGCCAAUCUGCCCCCCGUUAUCCACACCCUGCCUGGCGAACUGCAGACUUUUGUUGGGGAGAACUUUGUCUACCAGUUCUCGGCAUCGGACCCCGAGGGCUCGGCCGUGCUCUUCCAGCUGGAGUCGGGUCCCCCUGGCGCCUCGCUGUCCCCGGCUGGCCUUCUCAUCUGGUGGGUCCGCUCCGAGGAGGCGCCGGUGUUUGGCUUCACCGCGUCGGACGAGUGCGGCGCACGGAGCAGCCACAGCGUGCGGGUGGAGGUGAAGCCGUGCGGUUGUCUGAAUGGUGGGACCUGCAUCACAGACGUCAGCUUCCCCCCCGGUAGCGGCAGGUACCUGUGCGUCUGCCCGGGGGGCUUCGAGGGGAGCCGCUGCCAAGAUGACGUGUAUGAGUGCAGAUCGCAGCCGUGCGGCGCCGGGACCUGCUUGGACGCGGCCGGGGGCUUCCGCUGCAAGUGUCCCUCUGGGCUGCGAGGUGCUACUUGUCAGGAGGACCUGGACGAGUGUGAGGAGUCCCCCUGUCCCCCUGGAGCCUCGUGCGUCAACACCUUGGGCUCCUACAACUGCCACGGCUGCCCGGAGGGCAUGAUGGGAGAUGGGAGGAAGUGCACAGCUUUGCACCACUCAGACACGGGCGGCUCCUCGAGCCGCGGCGAGCCACAUCUGAUACCCGAGAGCCGAGACGCCCGGCCCAGCUUCCCAGAAACCCCCGGUACGACGGCUGAGGCACCGGCCGCAGCGACUGAGCCCAGCGGGCGCGGAGUCACCGGCCCCGCCUCUCAGGUACAGGUGACCAGCAGGUGUGCAACCAGACCCUGUUUUCCUGGUGUCCAGUGCAUUGACCGGAGACCCCCCUACGUGGGCUACGUCUGUGGACCCUGCCCACCUGGUCUCCAUGGCAACGGACGGAUAUGCACAAAGUUACCCAAAGGAACGCGACGGCUCUCGCCACCCCGGGGCACCGCGGCUCAGCUCGGCAACAUCGUGCCCCACCUGCGGCUGCCAGAUGUCUACCGCACGGCCCCCUUGACUCGGACUGCGGGUUCGACGAGGACCCUUCGCCUUCCGGAGAGGAGGGAAAGCGCCGUGCUUCAGCAACGUCUCGAACCCAGGACCGCGGCUCAGGAGCCCGCAGGUUUCGCUCAUCCUACCCAUGGAGGAGAAUCACCCCACUUGUCCCCUGGUGACCCCAGGACCUGGCAGCUCGGUGCCGCCCCCGCAGCACAGACCAAACCCUGGAGCCCGUCCCAAACCUCAGGCCUGACCGCAGCGCUUACCUCCGUUACCUCCGAGCACUCAGGGUUCGAGGACGUCGAAGUCCAAAUCGCAGGAAACUCCGUGGUCCCGGAGGAGGGAAACCCCACCUGCUCCCGGUCGCCCUGCUUCCCGGGGGUCCCCUGUGAGCCCGCUGUCGACGGGGGCUUCAGCUGUGGGAGGUGUCCCUUCGGAUACGUGGGGGACGGACGCGCCUGCAGAGCCGUGUGCAAACGCCCCUGUGGGCGCAACAUGGAGUGCGUGGCUCCCAACACGUGUCGCUGUAGAGCAGGCUACGCCGGGCCCGGCUGUCAGACCGCCAUCUGCCACCCCGAGUGCCAGAAUGGAGGGAGGUGCGUCGCCCCCGAUGUGUGUCACUGCCGAGAGGGUUACCACGGCGACACGUGCCAGUAUGCCCUCUGCCGCCAGCCCUGUGAGCACGGCGGGACCUGCGUCGGGAGGGACGUCUGCAGCUGCCCGCGCGGCUUCUCGGGCCCCAGGUGCGAGAGCAGACUGUGUGACCGGCGCUGCCACAACGGAGGAGAGUGCACAUCUGCGGAUGGAUGCCAAUGCCAGCCAGGCUGGACAGGUCCUUCCUGCGAGACAGCGGUCUGUGAUCCCGCCUGUCUCAACGGAGGCACCUGUCUGCGUCCGGAGUCCUGCGCCUGCGCACCCGGCUUCUACGGACCCCGGUGUCAAAUAGCCGUGUGUGUCCCCACCUGCAAGAAUGGGGGCCUCUGCAUUCGCAGCAACCAGUGCUCCUGCCCCACGGGGUUCGCCGGAGAGCGCUGCGACAGGAGUGUGUGUGACCCCAUGUGCAUGAACGGAGGGCGCUGCGUGAGCCCCGGAGUGUGUGACUGCCCGUCGGGCUGGAGGGGCCGGCGCUGCGACAAGCCCACAUGUUUGCAAAAGUGUCUGAAUGGAGGCGAGUGCGUCGCGCCCAACGUGUGUCACUGCGGUCCAGGGUGGCAGGGGCUCCUGUGCCAGAUCCCUAUCUGCGAACAGAGAUGUUUGUAUGGCAGCCGCUGCAUCCGGCCCAACGUCUGCGCGUGUGGAAGGGGCCGUACGGGGCCGCUGUGCGCCACAAAGCUCCCCAUUGGCUGAAGCUGAAGAUGGGUCCUUUGUCAGAAGACACGCCCAUGUGAAACCCGUCUGCCUGCCGUCGCACUGUGGACCCCCACUGCAUGUCCACAUGAACUGUAAUAUAUAUUUUUCUAAAGAUUAUUUAUAUUUAAUGAUAUAAUUUAAUUUGUCAUAUUUAAUCAAUAACUUUUCUCACCAUUUUCGUACUUGGAAAGAAAUGUCGCGGUCUUACCUUGACGUGUUUCUCGACGCCUUUGUCCUCGACAUCCCGGGUUGCGGAGAAUCCCGCCGAGGCCCAAGGCGUCCAGAUGGGAUACUGACCGCAGUCCUGUUUCUUGUCUCGCCAUCACUUCUCAGUGCCUGCUUUUUACGAAUGUCUCACUCACCUUUUGGCCCACUCUGAUGCAGAUUCUCUGUAUUUGAGUGCAUUUUUGCACGUUUUGUUUCUGAAGCACACGUGAUCGUGGCCUUUCUGUUGGCCCCAAGAGGUGGCAAUUCGGUUCACAAUAAAAGGCUCAUUGCAGGCAACGCGCUGCACUGGCAAAAGUGUUCUUUAGCCUCCUGGUCAUGUUUGUCCAGAAGC